UCUCUCCUCUCCCCCUCCCCCGCAAGCAGCCGCAAGCCGCCGAGGCCGACGGCGACGGGAGCCCCCCAAUCCCCAAAUCCUGCGGCGCGGGGCCUCAAAUUCGGCGCCGCGCAGCAGCCUCGGUCCGGCUUAUGGAUCCAGAUGUUCUCGUGGGCCCGUAGCAAGCAGUCCUCGCCCGCCUCCUCCUCCGGCCGCCGCGGCGGGGACGCCGCCGCCGCCAUGGACUCCGGCAGCAGCCGCCGCAGCGGCGGGGGGAGCGGGCACGGCAGCGGCAGCGGGAGCGGGAGCCGCGGACGCAGCCCGCGGCUGGAGCGGCGCAACGCGGCGAAGCACAUCGACUACGAGGCGGGCGCGGCGGCGACGACGUCCGUGUCCGCCUCGUGGUCGACCUCGUCGUCGGAGCGCUCGCCGGGGACGCGGCCGACGCGCUCGCUCGACCUCGCGACCAGGGGCGGCGGCGCGGACUUCCGCAUCAACGGCAGCGCGGAGGGGGAAGUCGACGAGCUCUGCCGCAGCCUGGGGCUGUCGGGCCCGGAGGACUUCGCCAUCCCCGUCGCCGCCUGGGAGGCCCGCAAGGCGCGCUCCAGCUCCGACCUCCUCGCCCGCCCCCGCCCGGACCCGGACUCGUCGGCUCCUCCCGCGGAGGAGCCCGCCCCCGUCGUCCGCACCGUCUCCGCCCCCGAGGUCCCGUGGCCCGCGCCUCACUCCUUCCCCGACCCCAUUCCCGAGGAGUCCAUCCACUCCUCCUCCGCUUCCACCGCCACUGCCACUGGCUCGGUGGACGAACCCAUCAUCGCGGCGCCGGAGGAAUCCCCCAAAGCUACUACCCCUGCGGUUGCUGUUGCGGCGCCCGUCGCGGCCUUGUCACUUCUCUCGCCGAGAAGGGGAGGCGGUGAGGUCGGGAUCCGGGGCGUCCGGCCGCCAGUGCUCUCCCCGCCUCCGCCGAUCACGGGACUUGCACCGCCACCGGCGAGGCAGUCGUCUGUGGCUGAGAUCAUGAGCGGAUCGGCCUGGGACAUUGUGAACUCGUUCGCUCCCACGGAGGAGAAUAGUGGACUGAGAAUGGCCUAUGGACAUGUUGAAACAUCUCGCAUGUCAGACACAGAGGAGGAUAAUCCUGAGGAGAACGAUGAAGGAUUGACAGGGCUUGAGGGGGAGCUUAAAGGGUGGAGGGUAGGGGAGACCUUCGAAGGGUUCACCGGGACAUCCUCAUUGUCGACAACGAAUGAUGAUGAUGCAUCUAGCACGAAUACAGAGGCCGUGUUCGUCAUCUCGCCAAAUGGCAAGUUCAAGCGGAACAUCAAGUCAUGGAUGCGUGGUGCACUUCUGGGAAGUGGCUCAUUCGGGAUGGUGUAUGAGGGGAUCAGUGAUGAAGGUGCGUUCUUUGCUGUUAAGGAAGUAUCUUUGCUUGACCAAGGAAGCAAUGCACAGCAAUCUAUUCUUUCACUUGAACAGGAAAUCGCUCUCCUUAGUCAGUUUGAGCAUGAAAAUAUAGUCCAGUAUUAUGGAACUGACAAGGAAGAAUCAAAACUCUACAUUUUUAUUGAGCUUGUUACACAAGGUUCUCUUUCAUCCCUCUAUCAGAAGUAUAAACUGCGAGACUCACAAGUUUCUGCGUACACAAGGCAGAUUCUCAAUGGAUUGGUUUAUCUCCAUGAAAGGAAUGUGGUCCACAGAGAUAUCAAAUGCGCCAAUAUAUUGGUUCAUGCAAAUGGAUCGGUAAAACUUGCAGAUUUUGGUUUGGCAAAGGAGAUGUCUAAAAUUAAUAUGCUGAGAUCAUGCAAAGGAAGUGUUUAUUGGAUGGCACCUGAGGUUGUUAAUCCUAGAAAAACAUAUGGGCCUGCAGCUGAUAUGUGGAGCUUGGGCUGCACUGUGUUGGAAAUGCUAACCCGCCAAAUACCAUAUCCUAAUGUCGAGUGGACAAAUGCUUUCUUUAUGAUUGGCAAAGGAGAACAACCUCCCAUUCCCAGCUACCUGUCAGCAGAAGCUCAAGAUUUCAUACGCCAGUGUGUACGAGUCGAUCCAGACGAGCGACCUUCCGCAUCACAACUUUUGGCGCACCCAUUUGUUAACAGGCCACUUCGAGCUUCUUUUGAUUCUUUGUCUCCUCCGAUCAAUAGACCGUAGUACCGAUAGUGUGGUUUCUCUGUUUAUGCAACCACGGUCCACGGCUCAUCUCCUGAUUUGAUCUUGAUGAUCUCCACCAUGGGGGACCAUACGUUAGGAGGGCGUAGUUGAGCAUGUGCAGUCAAAUAGGAUGGGUGAGGUUGAGCACUGACCAUGUUUGUCGGAUUGUUUGUGCAUUUUCUUCAUAGGCAAAGUUUUCAAUAGAUUUUGUUGUACAAGUUAGUGGAGGAGAGUUGGAACUGCAGUGCUGCUAGGGUGACCUGCUGCUUUGUAAAUGUUUGACCACUGGCUAUUAUUCUUUACCCCAUGGCUGCUUGUUGCUCCUAAAUCAACCGGAGCAUUAUAUCGCAUGGUUAUAGCGGCAUUCUUUUCUUCUA